AUGUCUUCGAAGAUCGGAUUGCGUUUCUUCCAGAACUCCAGGGCGGCCUUUCAGAAUGCCACUGCUCGUUUCCGAGCACAGGCUCUCCGGGCCCGACGAUUCCAGAGCACUGAAGCCGGUGCGGCCCAGCAGAGCUUCCUGCAGCGAUCAUGGAACAGCCCCAUCGGAAUCAAGACCGUCCAUUUCUGGGCUCCUGUUAUGAAGUGGAUUCUUGUUUUGGCCGGUCUCUCUGACAUGGCUCGACCCGCCGAGAAGCUUUCUCUGACCCAAAACGCUGCUCUGAUGGCAACCGGAGCAAUUUGGACUAGAUGGUGUCUUAUCAUCAAACCCAGAAACGUCCUCCUUGCAACUGUUAACUUCUUCGUUGGCUGUGUUGGCCUCACACAAGUUACCCGUAUCUUCAUGUAUAGGCGGUCUCUGGACGGCUCUGCUAAGGAAGCAGUCAAGGACUUGGCCCAUGAGGCAACAGACUCUGCCAAAGCCGCUGUCCACAAAGCAGAGGAAGUUGUGAAAAGGAAGUAA